AUGGCCGAUCGGGUGUCACUGCGGCUAAUCGCUCUCAUUGCCGUUGCCGACUUCGCCUUCAGCAUUUCCUCGCCCAUCGUCAACUAUAUACCUGCUAGCGGGUUGCGACCGAAAAAGAUCUACGAAAUCCUAUAUGUCGUCGUCGCUUUCGCAAUUGCACUGAUCUUGCCGACAAUAGCCAUCGGGAUGAAGCGAUUCAAGUGGCAACCAGAUCGUGAUUUGUGUUGUUGGGCUGGGGAGACCCCUGGGGACGCCAGGGCCUCUAGCUGGGGGUUCUUUUACAGUUGGGUAUUCACUUCCGUCGUCGCUUGCACCGCUUUCAUCGGCAUUUUUGCCAUCGUUCUGCGAAGACAUGAGAAAACGAUAGAGACCACAAUUCGAGCAAGCAAGGGCAAAGUCGGCCACAAAAGCCGCUGGCGAGAAAGUAUCCAGAAGAGAACGGAAACGCGCAAGCUUGGUGACGAAAACAGUAACAAAAAUCAGUGGGUACUGCUUUGUUCCGAUAAUCUCGCAAAUAUUCAAUGUCGUCUGGGAUAUGGUAGAUCAAACGGUGAGGGCUCGUUCUUGUAUUUCACGGUACAGACGCGCAUCCAAGCUGCGGAAACACCUUUUUCGAGACAUAUCCGUCUGGUGCUGUGA